AUGGUCAGUGGGUGUUUCCGGCUGGCUGUGUAUUUGUUGCUCGCGAACGAGUUUGCAACGAGCGUUGUCGGACGUCGUCAUCAUCGUCGAGAAGAGUGGGUCGUCAGACUCGAGGGUGGGCCCCGGGUUGCGUCUCUCUUGGCGUUGCGAUCCGGGUACAAGCAUCUUGGACCCGUUUUGGGUUUCAAAGACACGUACGUGUGGAUUAAGGAUGACAAUGCCGACCAGAAGAAACGCGGAGGACUUCGUUCGACCAAAGCACUCAAUUCCAGCGCCCAGAUUAUUUGGGCGGAUCAGCAAAAAGUGAUCGAGCGUCACAAACGCGAUCACGUGCCACUCGCGAGCUUAGAAUCGGAAAAGCCUCUGAUAAGGGAGAAAAGGCUCGAAGUGGAUCAGUAUCGCUUGAAUUCCGUGGAGGACAACGAGGAUUGGGAUGAAUUUUGGUCGACCGAUGCCCAGGACUCUAGAUCGAUGUUCAACGACGAACUUUGGGAUCAAGAAUGGUACCUGCAAGACACGAGAUCGAACAAAGCUUUGCCGAAGCUCGACUUGAAUGUUCUACCCCUCUAUCGACUGGGAGUAACUGGUCGCGGAGUUAGGAUCGCCGUUUUGGACGAUGGAUUGGAAUACACCCACGACGAUCUCUGGAACAACUAUGAUCCAUACAUUAGCUAUGAUGUGAACGGAGGCGACAACGACCCUCUACCGCGAUACGAAAUAUCAGGGAUGAACGGUCACGGGACAAGAUGCGCCGGGGAGAUAGCGAUGGAGGCGAACAACCGGAAGUGCGGCGUAGGCGUCGCGUUCGAGGCCUCCGUAGGCGGGAUCAAGCUCCUCGACGGGGUGGUCAACGAUCGCGUCGAGGGGGAGGCGCUCGGCUACAAACCGGAAGCAGUGGACAUCUACACCGCCUCGUGGGGGCCCGCGGACGACGGGAAAAGCUUGGAGGCGCCGGGAAGACUGGCCACGGAAGCCCUACAAAGGGGCAUCACGAUGGGUCGCGGCGGCAAGGGAAGCGUUUACGUGUGGGCUUCCGGAAACGGAGGCUCGAAAUCGGACGAUUGCGGAUGCGACGGAUACGUAGGAAGCAUUUAUACGAUCGCUGUAGGAUCGGCCAGCCAAGCAGGAAGAUUCCCAUGGUACGGCGAAAGUUGCGCGGCGACAAUGGCCACCACGUACAGCAGCGGCGCUUAUCACGAUCAAAUGAUUGCGACUACGGACCUGAAGAACACCUGCACGACGCGACACACUGGUACCUCGGCGUCCGCGCCAUUAGCAGCUGGAAUAUUGGCCCUGGCUCUGCAAGUAAACGAAAAUCUCUCGUGGAGGGACGUGCAGCAUCUCAUCGUGUGGACCUCGGAGUACAGCCCCCUCAGGCAGAAUCCAGGCUGGUUCAGAAACUCCGCUGGAUUUUGGUUCAACUCACGUUUCGGCUUCGGACUUAUGAACGCGUACGCGCUGGUCACGGCGAGCUCCAAUUGGACCAACGUGCCGGGGAAAACCAUCUGCAAAGUGAACGUCGCCAGAAUAAUCGACAGGAGGCUGGUUUAUGGAAAUGAGAGGCGACUGCGGUUCGAGGCUGGCGACGAGUGUCGAUCGACGGGCAACGAGAUAACGUUUUUGGAACACGUGGAGAUCGAGGUCAGCCUCGAGUACAGUCUUCGCGGCGCUCUUCAGAUGCACCUCGCUGCGCCCUCAGGAACAAAGGUGCAGAUUCUGAAACCUAGGAAAUUGGACAACUCGGGCGCAGGUUUCGAGAAAUGGAAAUUCAUGUCGGUGGCAUCUUGGGGAGAAGAUCCGAAUGGCGUCUGGUUUCUAGACAUCCUCGACGAGAUCGGACCAACGGGGAAUAAUGGCACUGUGAAAGACUUUGCAUUGAUUCUGCACGGGACCAGGGAAAUGCCACGUUAUCGUGAAAACGGGCCGAGAGUGUACGACCAGAAGUACAAUCGACUUCGAGAAACCAAUGAAUCCUCUGACAUAAACGGGCCAUCGAACUACGUGCCCGAGAAUAAAGAUCUCGAGUCAGAAGUUCUCGAAGCGAACGACGCUUAUGGAAAGCACUGGCUCGAGAAACUUUUGCGAGUAUAA